CUGUCGGGCGGUUCGGUUGAAAAAAUUUUGACUGGUUGCAGCAUAUAAAUUAUACAUUGUUUUAAUUCGAACGGCUUGCUAAAUUUCCAGUAACAACCAUUUCCAAGUCGGACUUGUGAGCAACAACAGCAAGAAAAAAAUCAAUCAAUCAGCUGCAGCGUGCGCAGGCUAACACCGAAGCAGUUAGGCGAGAGCGGAGCGGAGGCAAGAGUGCAAAUCUCGCGUGUGUGUGUACAUAUAUAAAAGAAAAAAGAAACGCACGAAAAAAUAAUCACAGUGUGACGGAAAAUAUAUGCAUGUGAACGGUUUUUAAAAACUCAAAACACAAAUUAAAACCAAAAUUGUUUAAAAAUAUACAAAAAAAAAAGUCAGUUUCAAGUUUUUAUCAGUACCGAACGAUUGAAUGGACGGCGAAGUUAUUUUAGUUAGUGAUAGCGAGGACAACUCAACUAAUUCCGACAUGGACGUGGAGCUGGAACAAGAGGAUUGUGUGCAAAUUGUGCCGAAGGAUAAUGCAACCAUUGCAGAAGAAAAGAAGAAACUCGGCAACGACCAAUACAAGGCACAAAACUACCAAAGUGCCCUCAAACUCUAUACCGAUGCGAUUUCCCUUUGCCCAGACUCGGCCGCUUACUAUGGCAAUCGGGCCGCCUGCUACAUGAUGCUUCUCAACUACAACAGCGCCCUGAGCGAUGCACGCAACGCCAUCCGGCUGGAUCCGAAGUUCGAGAAGGCCUAUGUGCGUGUGGCCAAGUGCUGUGUAGCGUUGGGCGACAUCAUUGGCGCCGAGCAGGCGGUCAAGACUGUUGCCGAACUGGACCCACAAAGUACGGCACUGAGUUCUGAGCAGCAGGCGGUGCAGAAGCUGCGCCAAUUAGAGACCACGAUACAGACAAACUACGAUACGCAAGCCUAUCGGAAUGUGGUCUUCUAUCUGGAUAGUGCGCUCAAAGUGGCACCAGCAUGCUUGCGGUAUCGCCUGUUAAAGGCCGAAUGUCUCGCCUUUUUGGAACGUUGCGAAGAAGCUCUGGACAUUGCUGUAGGCGUCAUGAAGUUGGACAGCACCUCGGCGGAUGCGAUCUAUGUGCGUGGCCUCUGCCUCUACUACACAGACAACCUGGAGAAGGGCAUAUUACAUUUUGAGCGCGCCCUGCAGCUCGAUCCGGACCAUCACAAAUCGAAGCAGAUGCGCAGCAAGUGCAAGCAGCUGAAGGAGAUGAAGGAGAACGGCAAUAUGUUGUUCAAGUCGGGUCGCUAUCGGGAAGCCCAUGUCAUCUACACCGAUGCCCUGAAAAUUGAUGAACUCAACAAGGAUAUCAACUCGAAGCUGUUGUACAAUCGAGCGUUGGUCAACACGCGCAUCGGAGCGCUGCGCGAAGCUGUCGCAGAUUGUACAAACGUGCUGGAGCUGAAUGCGCAAUACCUGAAGGCGUUGCUGUUGCGAGCACGCUGCUACAAUGAUCUGGAGAAGUACGAGGAUGCGGUGGCCGACUACGAGACAGCACUGCAAAUCGAGAAGACACCGGAGAUUAAGCGCCUGCUGCGCGACGCCAAAUUCGAGCUGAAGAAAUCGAAACGAAAGGACUUCUACAAAAUACUGGGCGUAACACGCGAGGCCACCGACGAUGAGAUCAAGAAGGCAUAUCGCAAGAAGGCUUUGGUGCAUCAUCCUGACCGACAUGCCAACAGCAGCGCGGAGGAACGCAAAGUUGAGGAGCUCAAGUUCAAGGAAAUUGGCGAGGCCUAUUCCAUACUCUCAGAUACGCGCAAGAAGAGUCGCUACGACAGCGGCCAAGACAUUGCGGAGCAUGAGCAGAAUUUCGAUGCCAACCAAAUGUUCCGCACUUUCUUCCAAUUUAGCGGCGGACGCAAUGCUUCGUUUAAUUUUGAAUAUUAAGCUCAAUAUAAAGAUAUAUACAUAUAUGUCUAUAUAUAUUUUCACGGCGCAGCGCAAAGCGAUGGAAUCAGUGAAAGAAUGGCGGAUUCUCCAAAAUACAGAAACAUUACCGCCCUAAUUUCAAAUUUAGUUUCCCCGAAUGCUAUCGCCAAUGCCGCAGACAAAAUGAAGAAAAUAUUCACAGAAACGCACAAACAGUUCGUUCGUACCCCCAAUCCUUGUAAUCCUUGUAUCCAACCCAACUGAUUUCCAUACAUAAUACAAACAUAUUGCUUGCAGCCCACCCCCUCCCGCAUCACACAGGCAGAUAAGCACACAACCAGAAACAGAAUCAGACACAGACACCGACAUAUUUUGCUGGCAAGCCCAAGACAAAAUUUAGACAUUUUCUAUCAAAUUUUUAGUACAUUUUGUAUUUUUGGUUUCUGUUUUUAUUUGGCAAAAUAAAAACCGGCAAUAAUUUUCGAUAACCAAA